AUGAUGUCCGCUCGUGUCGCCCGCUCCGGCCUCCGUGCCGCCCAGCAGUUCUCCGCUCCUCGCGCCGCCGUUAACAGCCUGCGCACCUAUGCCACCCCGGCCCAGGAUGUCAACCCCCCCGUCGCUCUGUUCGGCGUCUCUGGCACCUACGCCUCUGCUCUGUACACUGCUUCCACCAAGUCCUCCGCCCUCGACCAGACUGCCAAGGCCGUCGCUGCCCUCGGCCAGACCCUGAAGGCCGACCCCAAGCUUGGUGCCAUCCUCGGUGCCCCCACCCUCACCCACGACGACAAGCUCCAGGUCGUCGCUGAGCUCCAGAAGGUCGCCGGUGCCGACAAGGGUGACAUCCUGAAGAACUUCCUCCUCACUCUGGCCGAGAACAACCGUCUCGGUUCCCUGGAGACCGUCUGCGAGAAGUUCGGCACUCUCAUGAGCGCUCACCGCGGUGAGAUCGAGCUGAACAUCACCUCCGCCCAGGAGCUCGACGCCAAGACCAUCUCCCGUCUCGAGAAGGCCGUUGCCAAGUCCGAGUACAGCCAGGGCAAGAAGCUUAAGAUUGUCACCACCGUCAACCCCGACCUCGUCGGUGGACUCGUCGUUGAUAUCGGUGGCCGCACCAUCGACCUGAGCGUCUCCUCUAAGAUCGCCAAGAUGAACAAGGCUCUGACCGAUGCUUUGUAA